AUGUACGAUUACACAAGCGUUAGCAACAAGGAUGCGAGCAAGGAGAUUGAUUUGGAGGCGGGAAAUGGAGAGACUUUGUACCCGUGUUUGAGUCUUGGAGAGAACCAAUUACGAUGGCGCUUGAUUCGCAAAGUUUAUGGCAUCUUGGUUGCUCGGCUUGUCCUCACCACGAUCAUCUCUCGUCGUUACGGUUCUUUAUACUCCCAUGACCGGUCUCCUCGAGGCGGCUUUGGGUUCAAACACCCCGUGAAUCCGAUCAUUCUUGGCCUCUUCACGGUUUCGUCGAGCCUCUUGGUUGGAGCAAGUCGUGCUAAUAUAGAAGGUCGUAAAAUCGUGCUUCGAGGCAUUAAUUCGACCUCGACUCGUGGUUUGCUCUCUAACUCGCGUACACUUUCCGGGCUUCUAAGAAGGGCAAGGACUUUAGCUUCCUUGGACCAAUUCUCUUCACUCGCCCUUAUUAUCCUUAUCUUGACUAGUUUUAUCCGAGUCGGAUGCCUCAUUUUUGUCAAGUAA